AUGGAAACAGAGCCUUUAGGACUGUCGAACGGCCUGCCCUUGGCGCCUCAAGGGCGUCCAUGGCCGUCUUACUCCGGCGCUUUCCUGAUGGAGCAGGAAGAUGAUGCAGAGCAAGAAGAGCCAAGCAGGGCAAAACGGCCCAGAGUCACGCUGGCCUGCCAGCGAUGCAAGACUAGCAAGAAAAAGUGCGACGGGUGCCAGCCUUGCAGCAAAUGCAAGUCCAGCCAUGCACACUGCGAAUAUAUCGUGCCACAGAAGCCCAUGCCUUUCGGCAAGAAUCAGUACAUCAAGUCGCUCGAGAGUCGUGUCGCUGAGCUGGAGACCCUCCUGUCGACGCAUGGCAUGACCGGCCUCAGCAACGACCACUGGAAGUCGGCCUCGCCCAGCAACAACAAUUACAACAACCACGUCAACAGCAACAACGACCCUUCCAUCCAUUGGGAAAUGGCCCAGUCCGAGGGCAAGUCGACGUCCAGCAGUCUAGGGCCUGACGUGGCGGACCCGGAUGCAGCGGUCCUGGACUGGCAAGACGGUGCGGACUCGGUGGUGUCGGUCCUGAGAAGCUUGUCGCUCGAUGUCAACGGUUCGGGCUACAUUGGGGCUUCGUCACAAGUGGCCAUGGGCAGGUUGUUCACCUUCCUCGGCCGAGGUCGUCGACACCACGAUCCUGUUGGCUCAGUUGAUCAUAGCCAUGGGACCGCGACGACCACGACUACCGCCACUGCCACUGCCACCGCCUCGUCCUUCUCUUCACGUCCGCAGUCCUUCCCCACCGGACCAUCAACCCCGUCGUCGUCGUUGUCGUCGGAUACUCUACAGCCCAUCGACUUCACCGAUGUCCCGGACCAGGUGGCCGAGCGCUUAUUCGGCGGGUACUUGAAACACAUUGCCACGCGGCUGCCCGUCAUCCACACGGUCUGGGCACGGGACGUCCAUCAGAGACGACACUCUCUCACCGACAUGUUCGAAAUCACGGUCCUCCAUCUGGUGUAUGCGACGGCAGGCCGCUUCAUCGAAACGACGGGGGAGUCGGGUAUGUUCCACGUGAAGCGACAUUACAUGUCGGCGGUGCAGACGCUGGACACCAUCCUUGAGUACAACGAUAUCCGAACCGUGCAGGUGCUCAUGUUGAUGGCCAUCUAUUGUCUCCGGGAUCCCAUCGGCCCAGGAGCCUGGACGUGCAGUCGGAUCGCCCUUUUGAUCGUCAUCGAGCAUGGUCUCCAUCGACAAACAAAGGCACUGUCCCAGUUGACUCUGGAGGGGGAGCUGCGGAAACGACUCUUUUGGGCGUGCUAUGCCUUCGAUCGUCAGAUCUCCAUCCCCAUGGGCAGACCGUUUGGGAUUUCUGAUCGUGACAUCGACCUGGAAUUCCCACUGGACAUCGACGAAGACAUCACCGAAGAACGGCUGGCAUGUUUGCCCGUAGAAACAGGAUCUUCGCCGACCACCUUAAGGAGCACCUCUCUCACCCCAUUCUUGCUCAUCACUCGACUGAGACAAAUCGAAUCCGACAUUCAACAGACCAUCUAUAGAGUGGACAAGAGUGGCGGACCUGUCAGCGAGUGCGUCACGGACGAGUUCCUAGCACGACUGGAACAGUGGAAGAGCAUGAUCCCGCCGGACACCCACAACCUUAAGGAUGUGGGCGACGUGCCCUACGAUGGUUACGAUUUCUAUAUGAUCUUUUACUUCAAAUGCCAGCGCCUGCUGUUGUAUCCACUGAUUUCAGAUCCCAACGUCGCGCCUCGCUUUCUGAAGGAGUGUGCUCGAGCUUGCGCCGGCGUGUGCGGUGCCUAUCGACGACUGCACCAGACCUUGCCCGUCGGGUAUUCGUUCAUGGCGGUGCAGACGGUCUUCAUGGCAGGCCUGACUCUCGCCUACUGCAUCUGGAUUUCGCCGGACGACAUCUUCGACCUCACAGCCAGCAACGGCAUCCACGACUGCAGCAUCGUGCUUUUUGUGAUCGCCGAGCGUGUGCACUCGGCCAAGAAGUAUCGCAACGCCUUCGAGGUGAUCCGCCAGCGUCUGAUCGACCAGAAAAUCUCUUCCCAGACGCAUGCCAGUCGUCGACCUCGCGAGGCCGUCGUCGGUCUCACGGAAGAGCUGGCCCCGUCCGUCCAUACGUUCGACGUCAACAUGCCCUUUGAGGUCGACAAUGGUGGGUACGAGCAGUUUUCGCAGAUCAUCACCGACAUCACGGGCGAGGAUUUCUUCGCUGGGAUGAACCGUUUCGGCGCCCAGGUCGCCAAUCCUACGGGUACACCUAGACCGGGGCCCGGGCUGGGAACUGCGCCGUUGCAUGGAAUGUUCAAUCCGGUUUCCUUUUGGACCAUGGAAGAUGGCUUCUAA